CUGACCAAGAGAAAAGAGUGGAAGUGGAGUAGUAUUGAGUAAAUCGAAACUGAAAACUAUUGCAGCAGUUCGUAAAAAAUUCGAUAUUUACCUGUUAUAGGGACUGUUCCAAAUGUGCAAACUGGCCAAAUAAGUAACAGACAAUAAAAAGCAAAUUCCCACUGAAAUUAAACAAUCCAAAAUCGCCUUGAAGAAAUCGAGGUCCAUUUUUUGAGGUUCACUUUCGGUCACGUGCCCGGGAAAGGUGAAAGGUGAUUGGUCGAGUGAGAGAGAGGUCGUCUUGCGCGUUUCAAAUCCGUGUAGUGUCCUUCUUCUGCCCUGCUGGUUCAAUUGAUGUUGAAAAUGGCUGCCCGUCCCAGUGUCAGUGUUUUCUUUGUUUAGGAGUUGGAAAAUUCGGGGAAAAAGUGUUCGAAAGUGAACGCGAAAAUGCCGAGUGCUUCCUUUACGGCCUCCAGGUCCUACGUGCGUCGUUCCCGCAGGAAAACGGGCGCAAAUCGUAUUCCGACACCUUCAAGAACGACAAAUGAACCCUGUGAACCAGCCUGCCCCGUCCAACCCAACCAAAACGCUCCAGCACCUUCAGCACCUGGUGGCUCUUCGUCACCUACACAAGGAACCCCACAACCGCCUCAAGUAGGAGGAGGUUCCGGUGGUCCACCCUUGGGAGGACCUUUGGCUGCUCACCAAUCACCUUAUGACCUGAGACGCAAGUCACCACAGCAUCAUGGCGGUGCAGAUGGUAACGUCGGUGUGCCAGGACCUAGCACAAGUGCAGCUACUGCCGGUGGGGCACCAGCAAGCCCGCCUUGUUCCAGUGGCGGCGCCUCCGGAAGUGGAUAUAGCUCAGCUAUGUUGCCCGCCCGGAAAAGACCUAGAAGAACUUGUUCAGCUUCAUAUGAAACUUGUACAAACACAGCUGCUCACUACCUCCAAUACGAGUUGCCAGACGAAGUGCUGCUCACCAUAUUUAACUACCUCUUGGAACAGGAUUUAUGCCGUGUCAGUCAAGUGUGUAAACGGUUCAAUGUAAUCGCCACUGACACUGAACUAUGGAAACGAAUUUAUCAGAAUGUUUACGAGUAUGACUUGCCUUUGUUCAAUCCUGCACCGUGCAGAUUUGAAUUUGUUAGCCCUGAAGAAUCCGAACUGGCCAAUCCAUGGAAAGAAUCCUUUAGGCAGCUGUAUAGGGGUAUCCAUGUGAGACCUGGUUAUCAGGAUCUUAGUUUUAGAGGAAGAAAUUUGGUCUUUUUUAAUACUGUGCAGGGUGCAUUAGAUUAUGCGGAUGAAAGAAGUGGUAGCAACAGCACUACGGGUUCAGUGACAGGAUCUUGCAGUAACCAUUCAACAGAGGCCACUGUUAGUACGCAACAAGGCGCACUUAUAUUUCUUCAUGCUGGCACUUAUCGAGGAGAAUUUUUGGUGAUUGAUUCAGAUAUUGCUUUAAUAGGUGCUGCUCCUGGUAAUGUGGCCGAGUCUGUUAUACUGGAAAGAGAAUCAGAGUCCACAGUUAUGUUUGUGGAGGGUGCCAAGAACGCCUAUGCAGGUCAUUUGACGUUAAAGUUUUCACCCGACGUGACGUCAACAGUACCCCAUCACAAACACUACUGUUUAGAAGUCGGCGAAAAUUGCAGUCCCACAAUUGAUCAUUGUAUCAUCAGAAGUACAUCAGUCGGUAAGUUUGGUGCUGCAGUUUGCGUUAGCGGCGUUGGCGCAAAUCCAGCAAUCCGCCACUGUGAUAUCAGCGAUUGUGAAAAUGUCGGCCUCUAUGUCACAGACUAUGCCCAAGGCACCUACGAGGACAAUGAAAUUAGUCGAAACGCAUUGGCCGGCAUCUGGGUGAAAAACUACGCCAAUCCGAUAAUGCGUCGAAAUCACAUUCAUCACGGCAGGGACGUGGGAAUUUUCACUUUCGAUAACGGACUGGGAUACUUUGAAGGCAACGAUAUUCACAAUAAUCGUAUCGCAGGCUUCGAGGUUAAGGCUGGAGCCAAUCCGACAGUGGUGCACUGCGAGAUACAUCACGGACAGACCGGCGGUAUUUAUGUGCACGAAAAUGGUCUGGGGCAAUUCAUAGAUAAUAAGAUUCACUCGAACAAUUUUGCUGGAGUUUGGAUUACUUCUAACAGCAAUCCUACUAUAAGGAGAAAUGAGAUUUAUAAUGGACAUCAGGGUGGAGUGUACAUUUUUGGUGAAGGCAGAGGCCUAAUAGAACACAACAACAUUUACGGCAAUGCUUUGGCUGGUAUACAAAUUCGGACCAACAGUGACCCCAUUGUGAGGCAUAAUAAAAUCCAUCAUGGCCAGCAUGGUGGUAUUUAUGUCCAUGAAAAAGGCCAGGGACUGAUUGAAGAAAACGAGGUCUAUGCCAACACAUUAGCAGGAGUUUGGAUAACAACGGGCAGCACACCAGUACUAAGGCGGAAUCGAAUCCAUUCGGGCAAACAAGUCGGAGUCUACUUUUAUGACAACGGUCAUGGCAAACUGGAGGACAACGACAUAUUCAAUCAUUUGUAUUCAGGCGUACAAAUCAGGACAGGCAGCAAUCCUGUGAUUAGAGGAAACAAGAUCUGGGGUGGGCAAAAUGGCGGCGUUUUAGUUUAUAACGGAGGCCUAGGACUUUUAGAGCAAAACGAAAUAUUUGACAAUGCCAUGGCGGGAGUUUGGAUCAAGACUGACUCGAAUCCCACAUUGAAAAGAAACAAGAUUUUCGAUGGACGCGAUGGGGGAAUUUGUAUAUUUAAUGGAGGAAAAGGUAUUCUAGAAGAAAACGAUAUAUUCCGUAACGCGCAGGCGGGCGUAUUAAUAUCGACACAAUCGCACCCGAUCCUGCGACGCAAUCGCAUCUUCGACGGCCUCGCAGCCGGAGUAGAAAUCACCAACAACGCCACCGCAACGUUGGAGUUCAAUCAAAUCUUCAAUAAUAGAUUUGGCGGUUUGUGUUUGGCCAGCGGCGUACAACCCAUCGUCAGAGGCAACAAAAUAUUCAACAAUCAAGACGCUGUCGAAAAGGCCGUGUCCAAUGGACAGUGUCUUUAUAAAAUUUCAUCGUAUACGUCGUUUCCUAUGCACGAUUUCUAUAGAUGUCAGACCUGUAAUACUACUGACCGUAAUGCUAUCUGUGUUAAUUGCAUAAAAACUUGCCAUGCUGGCCAUGAAGUUGAGUUUAUACGACAUGACAGAUUCUUUUGCGAUUGUGGGGCAGGCACGUUAACCAAUCAGUGCCAGCUACAAGGCGAACCUACUCAAGAUACUGAUACUUUGUAUGAUUCGGCAGCACCCAUGGAAUCGCAUACUUUAAUGGUAAACUAGAGUACAUGAUUUUUUAUUUAUUUUUUUUUGAUGAAUUGAGUGCAGCCUAUUUUGUAUUAAAAUCUCUUUGGGAAAGCAAAGAUUACUUUGUUGAUGGUUAAAGUUUGAUUACUUUUUGUGCAAACAGGAUACUAGGAAUGUUUUGGAUAUUUUUAUAAAAUAUGAAAUUGAUCUGAUAAUGAUCCCUUAUAAACUUUCUGAUUUGCCUACAGAUAAAUGAAUACUUUGACCAUUUUCAAGAUAGCACUUUGUCUUUAAGCACUUAAUUUUUUUUGUUUCUGGCACAGUAUUUGAAACAAUUGAUUAUGGAAAUCUAGUCUGGGAAAUAUUUUUAAAAAAAGUUAGGUAAAUUCUUGAGUGAAAAUCAAUUGUAAAACUUGCAAAAUUAUUUUGAAUGCCUAUUACAGCUUUCUAAAAUUAUUCGAGUAGGCGAAAAUAUGCUUGUACAGUUAUUUUUUAGAUGUUUAAUUUUUAUCAAAUACUCCUUUUUUUUUUUCUUUAAAUUAACUGUUAUUUAAUUAUUUUUUUUUUAUUAUUUAUUAUUACAUUAUGCUGUUUAGGGUUGCAACAAAAAAAUGCCUAAGUAUAUUAAUUGAGAAUUUUCAAUGGCAGCCAAUCAAAUCUCGAUUUAAUGUCUGCUUUAUUUUGUUGCAAGUAUCAUAGCUUUAAAAAAUAGAAACUUGAGGGGCUUGUCGAUUGAGCCACUAUUAUUUUUGUGUAUUAUUUAUACAUGUGCAUUGUGUGAUAUGUAGAAGCGCGUUAACAGAAAUAUAAAAAUUUGAUAUCAAUAUUUUAGUUGAUUUUAACGCCUAAAAAAAAAAAUAGGUGAUAUCCAAAUUAUUGUGUUUGAAUAACUAUGUAAAUUAAGCCAGUAUUAAUUUUGGCAAAUAGAGAGUGUAAAUGGGACUUAGUUAAGGUGUGUGUAAAUAUUCUUUUUUAUAAUUCAAUUCUAGCAAUAUUAUACAUUUUUUGAUACUUAAUUAAUUGGACGUGUGUAAAGUAGUGAAGGAUUAUACUUUCUGUUUAUCCAGUCACUGUUAUAGUUAUUAUUAAAGUACAAUACAGUUUUUGUCACUGGUGCCAUAAGACUUUAAUAUUCAAAUUCUGCUGCAAUAUAUUGCUUUUAACUUAAAUCUCUUGCCUAAUAAAAAUUCAUAAAUAUUUGUUUUUCUCUUAUAGUUGUUAUGUUUUGUAGGUUAAGUAGGGCGACGGUUUUGAAUUAUUUUUAAGGGACCCGAGUCCUUAUGUUCCUUGAUUUGAGAUAAAAAAAAAGCGAGAAUUAGUUAUUCGAUGAUUUUUGAUAUGACUGAAAGUUUGAGAGUGUAUUAUAAUAAUGAAGUUUUUUGUAAUAUAAUUCCCUUUUUCUAUUAAUAUCUACCACUUAUUGAUGAUGAUGAUGAUGAAGUUUAGUCGUUAAGUUGCCUAGGCUUAAGUUAAUUGUCAGGCUUUGAAAAAAAAAAUAGAUCUACUGACCAGGAUCCUUGAGUAGAUAGCUAGCACUUGUAUUGUACUGUGUACAUUAUAUACAAAAAAAAAACAAAUAUAUGGUUUAAAAUUUAUUGGAUUUUUAUUUUAUAUGACUGCAUCUGGAUAGUGAGA